CUGGGGUUUUCUCAACAAUGGCAACUGUGAAUAUUCAGCUGAAUCCCCGCUUUCAUUUUUUGGCACGUCUUUUUAGAGUAUUUUAGGUAUGCCACCUGACUUCGCGCUGGUAGUCAGACUGUUCAGUCGCGGUACCUGUUGAUCACAUUGUAAUAAGGCAUGGGUGUGACAAAGUCGCGCUAGGUAUCUGGGCCGGUGCGGAUGUGCAAGAGCGAGGAGUUGCAACCUAACUGGCCCCGAGUGACUCCCGCUAAGCAAUUGUGGAAGGCAUCCCAAUCUCAGCGCUUGUUAAAUUCCACAGCUGCAUUAAUUCUUCAGGCCUGGUUCUAGAUUGGCCAACAUCAGCCCUGGCAUUGAUGGAGCUUAAGACGCUGGCUUCGCAGCCUUUCGGCUCAGUAGUUAUCAGAGAGGUGCUCGUUUCGCCUUCUGGCGUUGUGAUCCUUCUCACAAAUGCGGCCUCGCUCCUUAUCCUAGAGUAUCGUAAUGGACUCCAACUUCGCCACCGCAUCCAAGGACAACAGACUGGCAUUACCGCUGUGGCUCUCUCUGGAAAGGGAUCGGAGCUAAUUGCCGGUGGUGCAGAUGGAUUCCUUAAAUGGUGGCACGUGGUGUCAGGCGAAGAGAACUGUUCCACACAAUUUCCAUAUAUCCAAAGGAGCCGCUCGGAGUCGGUUGGCAAUGGGAACAUCUCGCUCGCGAUCACAGCUGUUGCUUCUGUGAAGGGGACCAACCUAGUUGCAGCUGCAAGCGGCAGGUCCAUCUGCGUUUUCGGCCCCGGCGGCGAGCACCUGCACACGAUCCCCGGGUCACCAUUUCCCGUCCUCUCGUUGUCCUGGGCUGCACCGGAUCUCUUGGUGGCUGCGGCGGGCCCUGUACUGCACACCUGGCAGGUUACCCAACCGUUGUGUGUUGCCUCUGACCAGUAUACCCCUGCCACCGUGGCUGACAUGCCAAUCACGGCCGUGUUGCCCCUGGCUGAGGGCGCACGAGUAGCCGCCGCCUGCUGCAACCAAACGAUUGUGGUUUGGACCUUGAGGCCACGGCCCACCGCGAAUGGAGUCAGCGACUCGCAUGACGGCGGCAACCCCGAGCCGCACCAACCGGACGAGAUUGUGGCGGAGGGCAUUGAAGAGGUGACGAGUCUGAGCUGGGAGAGCCAGGGCAGGUUCCUGGCGGCCACUGCAGGCGGACGUGGCCUCGUCUGGGACCUGGGAUCUGCUGGGCCGUCUGCUGGUGGGAGCGCUGGUGCGGCCGGCUACGUUGCUUGCGAGCUUAAGCCCAGUAGCCACGCAGAGGCCGCGACGCCGCCGCCGCGGCUGCUGUGGUGCAAGUUCCAGCCGGGUACCUCCUUGCUGGCCGUUGGCGACGACGCUGGCGUUGUGCACCUCUUUGACCUCCGCGCACACGACGGCAGCACGACAGGUUACUUGUUGAGCGUCUCCCACAGUCCCCUGCCCGCUUCUCGGGUGGAGGGCGUGGAUGGAAGCGCGGAUGUGCCAGCCGGCGUUGGGGAUUCUGCUGCGGAAAACACCGCGGCUGGAGGCGAGGUACCGCAGGCGACCCCAGCCGGCGGCCAGAUCGCUCCCAGAGCCCCAGCGCCGUCUCUCAUUGGCUGGAGCAACGGUCACCUGGUGCUGGCAUCAUCCGUGAAUGGUGAGGUGGCUAUCCUAGAGCUCGGGCGGCAUAACGGCCGGCACAACUGCAGCCAGAAUGCUCUUGGGCAGCUGUCUCGUGCGCCGUCGGUACGGCUGCCUGCGGGCGCAGAUGCCCCGCCCGCCACAGCCGCCACCGCUCCCCCUGACAGUUCAACGGUGGGAUGCCAGGACGGUGCAUGCGAGGCCGACCCACGGGUCCCAUCCUCGCCCGCGGGAGGCGUCUCAAGCUUGCCGCAACCGCCAGCAAGUAUGCUGCCGCCGGCCCAACAACGGCAGCCACCCGCGCUGCCAUCCCAGCUGCCACCGCAGCAACAGCAGCCGCUGCCCUACCACCACAGCACCGUCGGGGGAAGGGGUCGCCGAUCGGUGGGAGGCCGCGGUGGGAUUCUCUAUGGCAGGGGCCAAGACGGCUCAUCCGAUUCAGCAGCGCUUCCAUAUGCUGCCUACAGCGGCGGGAGCUUUGACAACCCGGAGGAUACGGAGCGGGCCGCUGCCGCUGCGAUGGCAGCAGUCGCUGCUGCUGCUGCCACCGUGAACCUAAUGGGCGCUUCAGCGGCCGCUACGAUGCCUGCGGGGGCCGGGCCGCCGCCGCGGAUGAUGGGCAAUAACGCGGCAGCUGGCAGCGGAGCAGCAGCUGGGACGCUUAGUCGCCAUGCCUCGGAGCCGUACGGUUCCCACGCGGGCGGUCGUGGCGGCCGUGGCGGAGGUCCCCGCCGCGGUGUUGGCGGCAUCACCGACUUGCCGCCGCAUCAGUGGGAGCAAGGGCAAGGGCAGGCUGUGCAAUAUCGCCGGGUGUCCACCAGCGAUGCGGCGGCUGCAAGUGCGGUGACGGAGCCGGAGGCGUCGGGCUCCGACCAGGCCUACACCUCGGCUACUGCCGCCGCGGCCGCUGCAGCGGCGGCGGUUGCUGCCGGCAUGCCGGCGCCCCCGCCGCCGCCCCCGCCGGUUUACCAGAUCGUGCGCCGCAGCGGAGGCAACCACUCUUGGCAGGAGCAGCAGCAUGGAGAGGCAGGGGCUGACGGAGUAGGUGGAGGAGGAGGCAACAGCGGUCCCGUGCAGCAGCAAAGCCGGCGUGGUAGUUCUGUUUCGACACCUAGGCAGCAGGAGCAACGUCAGGGAAGCGGCCCGCAGCAGGGGAUACCGCUGUCACUCAUGCCCAUGAUGUCGGGUGGCAGUAUGAGUGGCGUCAGCAGCAGCAUGGGCGGUGGACAUGUUGGUGGGGAGGCUGCAUACGCACAGAUGUCUGGGCAAACUUGGGCGUGGGGCGCAAUGCCUGUCUGGCCAGCGGCCCCUGGCGCCGCUGGGAUGUCGCCGUACGCUGGCGGGGGCCACGUAGGCCCCGGCACCAUGGCGACGGCUGCCGUACAAACGCCAGCUGGAAUGCAGUACAUGACGGUCAUGCUGCCGACCGGACAGGCGAUGGCACCCGCAGAAGCUGCGCAGUACAGCAUGCCGUACUUUGUGUACCCAUCCGGCGUACCGCUAAUGCCGAUGGGCUACGGAUACUACCCGUUUGCGGGUGCUACUGGCAUCAGUCCCUACGCGGGCAUGCAACCGCAUGGCCUGGAGGGCCCUAUGAACAGCGCGGACCGAAGCGGCCUUGGUGGCAACGCCAACGCAGGUGCCCAUGGCGCUGGUUUUGGCCAAAGCCAAGGCCCGCAGAGGGGCCCUCGCAGCUCUGUUGGCGCCAUGUCUGCCUCUGGCCACGAGCAAGGAGGAUACGGUUCUGCCGGGUACGGCGCCAGGCUCUCUGGUUACGGCUCGGGACCCGGCGGUGUUGGCACGAGCGGUGGGGCAGCUGGCGGGAGCGGCGGGGCGGCCACGGCGUUGCAGGGAGCCGCGAGCGCGCCGCUGGUCCCUCGAGGCACCGGCGGCAGGCGUGGCGUGCAUGACUCCCCCCAGGCGCCCCACCAGCCCUACCAAUACAGCAACAACAACCAGCACCAGCAGCACCCCUCGCAGCCAAGCGCGGGUGCAUCGCCCGCUGCCUCGCAGCUCCCAAGGCGAGGCAUUUCCGAGGUGCACGCCCAGCAGCCAGCAACGGUCAUGCCGGCCGCCACCACAGCUGCUGCCGCCCCAGAAGCCAUUGCGGUGACCACAACCUCGCCACCCACGACCACAACCAGCAGCAGCCUGGCUCCGCCGGCCCCGCAGCAGCCUGCUGGGGAGGUUACCUCGCGUAACACCAGCGGCGGCAGCGGCAGCAGCUCCCAACAAGCGCUGCCGGCUACGCCAGCCUCGGUGCCGCCCCCGCGCGCAACGGCCGGGGAGACGGCGGCGUCCCCGCCGGCGCCGACGUCGUACAUAUCACCCCUCAGCUCCAACAUCACCCACCCCACAUCAGCGGUGUCUGAAGUGACCCCGGAGGCGCCGCCAGCGCAGCAGGUGCAUGCGGAUGUGGGAAUCCGGGCUGAUGGGGCUGCGCAGCCGGCACCGCAGCUGCCGCCGCAGCAGCAGCAGGGCAGCAGGCCCGCUGCUGCCGCCAGCGCCAGUAGCCGUGGUCCGGAUGCGAUGGAGCGUCCUAAUGCCGGCCAUGCCUGCAGCGGAGAUGCUGUGAAGCCCUCGGCGGUGAUGGGGGUGGUUGCUGCCGGUGUUUCGGCUCCGGUUGCAGCAGCACCGGUUAAGCCAGUGCAGCAGCCGCAGGAGGCUGCAGGGCCUGCAGCAGUGGCAGCACCCUCAGCCCAAGACUCGCCGGUGGUGGCGCAGCCAGCGGCUGCUGGUGCUGUCGUAGCAGUUGAGGGUGGCGUUGCAACCUCUAUCCCAGAGUGCUACGUAGCGCCGUCAAGCCCUGCAGCAGCAGCUGCCGCCGGCCCUGCGGCUGGUGCGAUCAGCAGCGGCUCGGAGGCUCCGCGGCCCGCUGCAGCACGCCAACCGCCUGCCAUCUCAGCUUCGGCCCAGUCAACAGGCAAUGUGGUGGCUCCUACCUCGGCUCAAGGAGCAGUGGUUGCAGGCAGUACGGCAGGUCCGGCAUGCUCGUCCACCUCGCCGCGGGGCUUGGUACGGCGGCCCGGCGGGCCCCCUUCUUCUCCCUUUAUGACCCCUGGUCCUGCCGCUACCGCCGCUGCCAUCGGCACCGCCGUCUUGCCCCUGAGCUCCGCUGCGGCUGCGCCUGCGCCGACGCCGGCGCCAGUCGGAGCUGCUGCUGCUGCUGCUGCUGUGGGCCCCGCUGCUGCUGUUGGUCACGUUGCUGGUGCCACCAGCAGCAACAGCGCGGCUGGGGAGAGUGUUACGGAUGACCCACGGACCAUAUUUGUGGGGAACCUGCCGGCCGCUGCGGAGGAGCCGGCGCUGUACAGCGCGUUUGCGUGCUUUGGCAGGAUUGACAAGAUCCAGAUCAUGCGCGACAAGGAAACUGGCGUCUUUCGGGGCUACGCCUUCUUGACGUUCGACACCGCACACGCGGCCACAGCCGCCAUAAAAGGGCUCAACGGGCGGCCCCUUCCGAACCUGAGCAGCAGGCCCCUGCGGGUAGCUCGUGCGGUGAAGAACUACGAGCGCCGUUCCUUCACGUCCUUCGGCAACGUUGCCGGAGGCGCAGGCGGCAGCGUAGGUGCCGCCCCUGGCAUCCCCGGAGCUGGUGCCGGGCUGGUGUCUCGCCAGGCUUCAUACCCCUCCCAUGGCUUGUACACCCGUCAUCCAUAUCCGCAGCUGCAGCAGAGCCGUGUCCAGGAGCACGCCUCACAACCCGCGCCAGCUGCGCACACUCGGGGGCACUCCUUUACCAAUCCAACCGAUAGGGUGCUGCCACCGCAGCAGGCACCGCAGCAGGCACACCCGCUUGCUGUCACCCAGGUGCCGAUGCCCGGUUCACCGCAGCAAAGGCAGCAGCCCCAGCAGCAGCAACUGCAGCCGCAGCCCCUCCAAACCUCUGUAAGGCGUCAGGUGCCGGCUCCGCAGCAGCAGCCGGAAGGCGGCCAGGCGGAGCAGAAACCGCAUCCGCAGCAGACUCAUUACCCUUCACCUGCAGCUGUUGGAGGAGCAGCCCCUGCAACAGCACCAGCGGCAGCUUCGGGCCCUCCAGCGGUGGGACCGAUCGCGGUUCUGGCCGCUGGUACGAGCGGUGGGCCGCCACCGCAGGCAAUGCAGCAGCAGCAGCCGCUGCCCCCACUGCCUGCCGCUUCCGCUCAGCAGACGGUGCAAAUCCACCAGCCUGACGACGCCUCGCCGCCGUCGGUGCCGUCGCAGGCGCCGCAGCCGCAGCAGCACCAACAAUACCCGCCGCAA